AUGAGUAAGAUGAGUUUAGAAUUGUUACCCAAUGAAAUUUUACUCAAUCUAUUUGUUUAUUUCAAUGGUAGUGAUCUCCUUCAUACUUUUUAUGGUCUUAAUACUCGAUUCAAUUUUCUUCUCUAUAAUCAAUAUCGAAAUUAUUGCUUUAAUUUUAAAUCAAUAUCAAAACAUAAUUUCAUUAUAAUAUGUCAACAACAUUUACCAUUCAUUGUUGAUCGAAUUAUUUCUCUUAAUCUUAUUGAUUCUAUUGAAACACCAGAACAAAUUAAUUUAUUUUUUUCUUAUACAUCAUCAGUUAAUCAAUUCAUUCGAUUACGAUCAUUUUCAGUAACAAGCUUUAGUUUUCAUGGAUCAUUAAUGAAAAUCUUAGAUCGAUGUCAUUAUUUAUAUAAUCUUACUCAUUUAAACUUUCAUUUCUACGCAAUUCCACAGAAUAAAUCUAAUUUUCAAUCAAUAGUCGAUAAUAUUUGGAGUUUACCUAAACUUAUUCAAUGUAAUUUUCAUUUGUGUACUAAGCGAAAAAUAUUUUUUACUAUUCCGAAAAAAAUAUCUUUAUCUAUCAAAAAUGUAUGUAUAUAUAAAAAUGAAUUGAAAUUAAAUGAGAUAAAUCAAUUGUUUGACGUUACACCAUGUCUUAAAAGUCUUUCUGUAUCUAUUGACUUUUCUUUCAACUUUGGUUAUAUGCCAUUUACUGUUUUAUCAUUGUUUCAUUUGAAUUUACACGUUUAUAAUGAACCUGACACAUUGAUAAUGAAAUUUCUCCAAAGUAUGCCUAAUUUAUAUCAUUUAAAAAUUAAUUUAAGAAAUUCAUUAAUUGAUGGUUAUCAAUGGAAACAAAUCAUUUCUAAUUAUCUACCAAAUCUUAAAAUAUUUCGACUUGAAAUGGAAGGCUCAUUGAUUUUUGAUCAAAACAUACAGGAACUAGCUGAUGAAUUAAUCAAAUCAUUUCAAACUUCAUUUUGGAUUAAUGAACAUCAAUGGUUUGUUCGAUGUUUUAUACAAAGAAAAACUAUUUAUCUUUCCAUUUUAUCUAAUACAUUUGAUUACGACAGGUAUAAACUUUCUCGAUCGUUUACAUUGAAUGAUCCAUAUUGUGAUCAUCAUGAGUUGUACAAUGGCAUACCUAGCAUCGGUGAGACACUUUUUGAUCAACCAAUACCACCACAUAUUCGUGUAUCCGAUAUUGAAUAUCUUGGUAUAAAUCUUCCUACGAAUGAUCAGUUCUGGUCUAGUCUUUCAAAUUUCAAUCGAUUGAAAACACUUACAAUAUUAUCACAUGUUGAUAAUUUUCAAUCUAAAAUUCAAGCUUUACUUGAUCGUGCACCUAACCUUUAUUGUUUAAAUAUCUAUCAAAAUGUAUCAUUACCUUUGCAAACGUCAUUAUUUCAAUCUAGACAUACAUCAAUUCGUCAGCUCAAUUUACGAGAGUGUCAUUAUCAUUUGAAUGAAGAAGAAUGUAUUAGAUUAUGUCAUUCACCAUUAGGUAUUCAAUGUGAAGUUCUUUCUAUUCGAAUUAAGAAUCGUGAAAGCAUUAUUUAUCUUGUACAAAAUAUGAUCAAUCUUUUAUCAUUAUAUGUUCAAUGUGAAGAUGAAAAGUAUUAUCAUCGUUUAAUAUUAGCAAACAAUGAUAAUAAUGAUAAAUAUGUUGUUAAAAAAAUAGAAGAUGAAGAUGAACUUGUACGAUGGCUAAAAGAUCGUUUACCAUCAAUGUGUUCAAUCUCAAGAGAUGUUCAUUUUGAUAAUGAUAUUUUAAUAUGUAUUUGA